AAUAUAACCACAAGGGCGUAGAUAAUCCACGAAAUUUAGUCAAUUAUAUUAUUGACAUAUAGGUAGAGUCGGCUUUACUUUUCUUCAAUUUAACGGACUGAUAAUUGUGCCGGUUGAUAAUCGCCACCUAAACCUUGGGUGCCCUGACUCUAUCUAAUUAAUAAUCAUACCUCCUAAAAGGCUCACGAGAUUCAUUCUCUGCCCCGCAAUGUCCAUACGAAGGUGAUAAUAACUAACGGGAUUAGGUUUGAAACCCGUCGGAGAAGGGUUAUACAUGGUAGGUAUUUCAGGCAAGGAAAACACAGAACUAAUGCUGAACGAUGGAGUUGGAGUAAAGGAGUAAAGGCGCUAUAUCCACUCGCAUCCUAAUAACAGUAGCCCACAGGUUGCCUUAGGUACCUCAUUUACAUCGCCUACAUCACCUACGAUAACUCCAGCCAUCACUUCAACAUCUCGAGAUUUUAUUCUUUACAAGUCCCUUUACACAAUGGCUCGCAAAAAUCACACGUUUUACUUCGCUGAACGACCCGUGGGCGAAAUUGUCCCGGGACGAACUUUUAACUAUGUAGAGGCCGAUGCGCCUACCGCCGAGGAGCUUAAAGAUGGCCAAGUCCUCGUGGAAACUCUCUACUUGUCCCUAGAUCCUGCUAUGCGCGGCUGGCUACAGGAAUUCCGGUCUUACAUGCCACCAGUUGCCAUUGGGGAUAGGAUGCGGGGAGAUAUCGUUGGCAGAGUCCUCGCAAGCAAAAGCUCUAAGGCGAAAGAAGGCGACUUGGUCUAUAGCUUCGCCGGAUGGACCGAGAUGCUCAUUCUUGAUGAAUCAAACAUCAACGUCCUCAAAUUACCACCUGGCGCGAAGCCUACCCAUGCCCUAGGAGUACUUGGCUUGACUGGAUUGACAGCCUAUUUUGGCCUUUCCAAAAUCGGCCAACCGAAGCCUGGCGACACUGUUGUCGUCUCAGGGGCUGCGGGUGCGGUGGGAUCCGUCGCCGGACAACUAGCCAGAAUCAUGGGCGCUAAGCACAUCGUCGGCAUCGCGGGUUCGGAAGAGAAGUGCAAGCUCUUAACGGAGGAGCUCGGCUUCGAUGCCGCUAUCAACUACAAGUCGCCGACCUUCCGUGAGGAUUUCUCCAAAGCUGUACCUGAUUAUAUCAAUGUCUUUUUUGAUAAUGUGGGCGGCGAGGUUCUCGAAACGGCACUCCAUCUGGCAGCACCAUUCUCGCGUUUCGUAAUGUGUGGUAGCAUCAGCGGCUACAACAAGUUCGCCGAGGGAACUGAUGGUAUACCCGAGAUAGCAGGUGUCCGCAACCUGUACCGAGUAAUCACCCAUCGUGUCCGUAUGGAAGGUUUCAUCUUCACAGACUUCUUGCAGGAAGUCCCGGAGGCGCGAGCGCAACUGGCGCAGUGGCUUGCCGAGGGUGAGAUCAAGGCCAAGGAGACGAUUGUCAAGGGCGGCUUGAAGGUCGCAGAUACUGCGAUAAACCAGUUAUUUACUGGUGGAAAUACCGGUAAGCUCAUCGUCGAGGUUAAGCCGUACGAAGAGGUAAGUAACUCCUCUGUUAUUAAUCAAUGCUUCCAAUAAUCUGUUUCGCCGUGCUUAUCCUUUGCUUGAAUUACGCGUGGCUUAUUCCGAAAACUGCUCUAUAGUCAAUUUUACCAUUGCACAACAUGCUAACACAGUGUGAGCUUUAACGCAGAGCCAGUUUGAAUCAACUGGUGUGAAACAGCGGCGGAGAGCCUCUCAUCAUGAGGAGCAUAAAAUGAAACAAAAAUUAUUUGCUAACUAUU